CUGUCACCACCUCAGUCAGACGACGCAGGACGCCCCGAAUCACGGUCCUUUGCCCGUGGUAUCGCCUCGUCCGUGUUUCCUAUCUCGAGAUUCCGCGAGAUCUACGAAGACCGUCUCGGCCGUGAGCCCAGACACGGACGGCACCAAACCUGUGACGUUGCAUGGUCAACACCCAGGUCACCGAACACAGCACUCUCACAGAACAAGGUCGAUCAUUUGGGCCAGAAGUCUAGCCAGAAGCUGGAGCCAACAGAGUAG